AUGGAAGAUGAAGCACGUGCUUACCGUGAGGCUCAUUUCCAAGAAGAGUUGGACUCUUUAAAGGACAGUGUGGCUCGCCUCACCGGCUUACUUGAGCAAGUACUAAGGAAUACCUCGGGUGAAGGUCCUUCAACUAGGCCUGCUCCUCUCCCAACAAACCAACCUGAAGAGGUAAUGGGAGAACAUGCGCAGGAACCCCAACACAAUCCAGUUUUCAUGCAGUCGCCAACACCCGUACCACCUGUACCAACACCAGUACCAAUUGUCAUGGAUGCAUUCGUUAAUGAGUCCCAUAAAACUAAGCCAUCUAUGGAUGUUGAUCAAGACAAGAUGGCAGCACUAGAGGCCAGGAUUAGGGCCAUUGAGGGAAUAGACUUAUAUGACCCUGUGCGAGCUGUAGAAAUGUGUCUAGUCCCUAAUGUGGUGGUACCAAAGAAAUUUCGAGUUCCGGAAUUUAUCAAAUACACCGGCACUCAAUGCCCUGUUACCCAUCUCAAAUCUUAUUGCAACAAAAUGGCAGAAGUAGUUCACGAUGAAAAACUACUAAUGCAUUUCUUCCAAGACAGCUUGAGUGGAGCGGCAUUGAGUUGGUAUAUGAGGUUAGAUAAUACUAGGAUCCAUACAUGGAAGGACCUCGUGGAUGCUUUCAUCAAGCAAUAUAAAUACAACAUGGAUAUUGCUCCUGACAGAACCAGUUUGUCUAACUUGGAGAAAGGAGAUAAAGAAAGCAUAAGAGAGUAUGCUCAAAGAUGGAGAGAUUUGGCAGCACAAGUCCACCCCCCUCUCUUGGAAAAGGAAAUGGUUGCUCUGUUUGCUAACACACUAAAAGCGCCAUACUAUGAACACGUGAUGGGUAGUUCGGCCCAACAAUUCACGGAUUCUGUGGCCGUGGCUGAACGAAUAGAACAAGGAGUAAAGAGUGGAAGAAUCUCUGCACCUGUGGAGAAAAGAGGUUUCGGAGUGAAGAAGAGAGAGAUCGACCAUGUCGAAAGUAGUUACAGAAGCAAGAAAGGCCCUUUCCAAACAUAUAACCCUCAAUCCUCUUCACCCCAAGUUGCCAACACCAACUUCAACUUUCCAAGUCCAGCCAGAAAACUUGAACCCCAAAGCCACCAAGUAAAAAACCAAGCUGAAAGUUUCCCCAAAAGAAACUACCGAAGAACCUCAGAACAAUUGCCUCCGUUACCGUUACCCCUAAAUGAGAUGUACCAAAAGCUGCUAAGUAUUGGGCAAGUAAUCCCUGUGCCUUUGAUACCCCUCCAACCACCUUACCCCAGCUGGUAUAAACCAGAUCUCACUUGCGAAUACCAUGCCGGUAUAGCUGGACACAGCAUCCAUACUUGCAAUGCCUUCAAGAGAAAACUUUUGCAACUGAUCAAAGCGGGCUGGAUAGCAUUUGAAGAUGCCCCUAAUGUCAAUGCAAACCCUCUACCCAAUCAUGCUUCGGGUAGUGGGUUUGUAAACGUGUUAGAAGAGGGACACUCAAAAAUCUUAAAGGUAUCAAUGGAUAGGAUCUACCAAAUGAUGAUAGAUGCAAGGUAUGAAGAGGGUAGCGAGAAAUGUUGUGAACUUCAUAAUGAAAAAGGCCACGUGAUCAGCCAUUGCGAGGGCUUUCAUAAAAAAGUGAUGCAAAUGAUGAGUCGAGGGAUGCUGCGAAUUGAGAAAGCAACAAAUGAAGAGGUGUUCAUGAUGGAGGCAUCAAAGAAAGAGGUGUGUCGAGUGCAAUUCACUACCGGAAAGCCACCCAGAUUGGUCUUGUCCAAACCAGUAGUGGAACAUAAAGGGAACUAUAGUGCUUUACCUCACAACUAUGGGUACUCUUUCAAAAGCACUCCACAACCGCCUAUCUUUCAAGCAGAAAUUGGGGGUUUGACCCGUAGUGGCAGAUGUUUCACCCCAGAAGAGUUGGAAAAACAAAGAAAGGCUAAGGGAAAAGAAGGGGCUGAUGUAACUGAAGAAAUAAACAAACCUGUCACGGAAGAGGAAACCAACGAAUUCCUAAAGCUGAUGAAACACAGUGAAUAUAGUGUUGUUGAACAGCUCAAGAAAACACCAGCCAGAAUAUCGUUAUUUUCUCUGAUUCUAAGCUCUGAGCCACAUAGAAAGGCUUUACAAAAAGUACUGAAUGAAGCAUAUGUUCCUCAAGACAUCAAUCAAGAAACCAUGGAACAUUUAGUGGGAAGAAUCCAGGCCUCAAAUUAUAUAUACUUCACUGAAGAUGAAUUGAGUCCUGAUGGUACUGGGCACAACAAGCCGUUAUACAUUACGGUGCGUUGCAAGGAUAUUCUGAUCGGAAAGGUGCUCAUUGACAAUGGUUCUGCAUUGAACGUCCUACCAAUGCAUAUGUUGAAAGAAAUGCUUGUCGAUGAGUCACACAUGAAGCCUAGCACCUUGAUGGCGAGAGCAUAUGACGGUUCGCCAAGACCGAUCAUUGGGACCCUAGAAGUAGAGCUAUAUGUGGGGCCACAAAUGUUCUUGAUAACAUUACAAGUAAUGGACAUUCAUCCAUCUUACAGCAUACUAUUAGGAAGGCCAUGGAUUCAUACAGCUGGAGCAGUGACUUCUUCAUUGCACCAAUGUUUUAAGUAUAUCAUGAACGGAAUGCUUAUAACUGUCAAGGCUGAAGAGACAGUUUCCAUGAUAAGAAAUGUGGCCAUACCUUUUAUUGAAGCAGAAGAUUGUAGAGAUGGGAAUAUUCAUGCUUUUGAAAUUGUGAAUGCAGAAUGGGUUCCUGAAGGAACAGUGCUAAGAAAGCCUAAAAUCCCAGAAACGGCAAAGAUGGCUGCUAAGUACUUUUUAAAGAAUGGGGCUCCUUAUCAAUGUAAUCUUGAGACCAGAAUGCCUAGCCUGAUCAAGCCAAACUGUGCAAAUCAAAGAUUUGGGCUUGGAUAUAAGCCCAAGAAAGAUGAUUACAAGCGGGUCACUCAGGUUAAAAGAGAAGCAAGAAUGGCGAGGAUUGAAGGAAAAGAGCCAGAAGAAGAGGAAUUUGUCAUCCCACCACUCCGAGUGUCUUUCCCAAGGGCUGCAGAAGUGAUUAGAUCUGGCAUAGUGGAUCUUCACAUCAAUACCUUGGAGAGCCAAGAAGAAAAACGAAUAGAGGAAGCGGAUCUGGAGAUAAAGGAUGAGGUUUUGCCACAUCUCUCCAUUCACACCAUUGAUCAACCUCCUGCCAGAUUUUUCGUGCGAAGAUUGGCUGAAGGGGAGGUGUACCAGAACUGGAAGAUGGAGCCUGCUCCUAUUGUGUUUAAAAAGAAUUCUGAAAGUUCCAUCGAUCUACAAAAUCAUUGCACUAAGAAUAAUUGGCCAAACUUUGAUAAUAUGAUUGCAAUGGAUGAUGAAGAAUGGGAAGAGGAAGAUCUAAAAGAAUUUACUAGGCUGGUAGAAAAUUCAGAAAAAUCCUGGGAACCGGCCAGUGAGAAACUAGAAGUCAUUAACGUCGGAGAUGAACAAGAUAAUAAGGAAUUAAAGAUUGGCACUCUUGUCACAACUGAAGAAAGAAAUAGACUAGUCUCUCUAUUACGCGAGUAUGUAGAUGUUUUUGCCUGGACUUAUGCCGACAUGCCUGGUCUAGAUACUGACAUAGUUGUACAUAAGAUUCCUUUAAUCGAAGGGAGCAAGCCAAUUAAGCAGAAAACCAGACGAAUGCGCCCGGACAUGUUACUCAAGGUAAAGUCCGAGAUACGAAAACAGUGGGAUGCAGGGUUUCUAGAUGUAGUCCAAUAUCCACAAUGGGUGGCUAAUGUGGUCGUAGUCCCAAAAAAGGAUGGGAAGAUUCGGGUGUGUGUGGACUAUAGAGAUUUGAACAAGGCGAGCCCAAAAGAUGAUUUUCCUUUGCCCCAUAUAGACAUUCUCGUUGAUAAUGCUGCAAGAAAUGCUACAUAUUCUUUUAUGGAUGGAUUCUCUGGUUAUAAUCAAAUUAGAAUGGCUGAAGAAGAUAAAGAGAAGACCACUUUUGUCACACCAUGGGGAACGUUUUGCUACAAAGUAAUGCCAUUUGGAUUGAAGAAUGCUGGAGUCACAUAUCAAAGAGCAAUGGUUACCCUAUUCCACGAUUUGAUGCACCAAGAAGUGGAAGUUUAUGUGGAUGACAUACUUGCAAAAUCAAAGAAAGAGGAAGAUCAUGUGCAAGUGUUAAGAAGACUAUUUGAAAGGCUUCGAAAAUUCCAGCUAAAGUUGAACCCUGCAAAAUGCUCAUUCGGGGUGAAGACAGGAAAAUUAUUGGGCUUCAUUGUGAGUGGUCGAGGAAUAGAAGUUGAUCCUGAUAAAGCUAAAGCUAUCCAGGAGAUGCCUGCUCCUAGAACAGAAAAGGAAGUACGAAGUUUUCUCGGGCGCCUGAAUUACAUAGCUCGAUUUAUAUCCCAGUUGACGGUGACUUGUGAACCAAUCUUUCGUUUGCUAAGAAAGAAAAAUCCUGGAGUAUGGGAUGACGAUCGUCAAGAAGCCUUUGAUAAAAUAAAGAGGUACUUGCAAAACCCACCAUUACUAGUACCGCCAACACCGGGGAGGCCUUUGAUCCUGUACUUGACAGUAACAGAAACAGCUAUGGGCUGCGUGUUGGGACAACAUGAUGAGUCAGGAAGGAAAGAGCAAGCUAUCUACUACUUGAGUAAAAAAUUCAAUGACUGUGAGUCGAGAUAUACAACAAUUGAGAGGUUGUGUUGUGCCUUGGUUUGGAGUGCAAAAAGACUCCGGCAGUAUAUGCUAUACUACACAACCUGGUUGAUUUCAAAAUUAGAUCCGCUCAAGUAUAUUUGUGAAAAGCCUUAUCUGUCAAGUAGAAUAGCAAGGUGGCAAGUGUUGUUGGCAGAAUAUGACAUUGUCUUUAUGACAAGAAAAGCUGUAAAAGGAAGCAUAAUUGCCGAUCAUCUCGCAGAUCAUGCCAUGGAAAACUACGAGCCGCUAAACUUUGACCUCCCAGAUGAAGAUGUGAUAGUAGUCGAAGAUGAAAAUGGGGAAAACGAUCAGUGGACCCUCUACUUUGAUGGGGCAGUAAAUGUAUCGGGGAAUGGAGCUGGAGCUGUAGUGAUUUCCCCGGAAAAUAAGCAGUAUCCCGUUUCAACAAGGUUACUGUUUGAAUGUACCAAUAACACUGCCGAGUACGAAGCCUGCAUCAUUGGCCUGGAGGCUGCUCUAGAACUUAAGGCCAAUAAGCUCGAGGUCUUUGGGGAUUCCUUACUAAUCAUCUGCCAAGUCAAAGGUGAAUGGCAAACCAAGGAUGAGAAGUUGAAGUUGUAUCAAAGUUAUCUCUUGAAGUUAGCCGAUGAAUUUGAAGAAAUCAAAUUCACCCAUGUAAGUAGAGAUAAGAAUCAGUUUGCUGAUGCCUUAGCAACCUUAGCUUCGAUGACACAAGUUGAUGCUAAAAGCAGGAUACAACCAAUAAAUAUCGAGGCCAGAAGCUUUCAAGCUCAUUGUUACUUCAUUGAAGAAUCUCCAGAUGGGAAACCAUGGUACAAUGAUAUCAAAGAGUUUCUCCAGCAUCGAGAAUAUCCUGAAGGGAUUUCCAAGACAGAUAAAAAGACUUUGAGAAGAAUGACUAUGGGUUUUUACUUGGAUGGGGAAAUCUUAUAUAAAAGGUCAUUUGAUGGGACUCUGCUCAGAUGUUUGAAUGAAAAUGAGAUUGAACAAGCAUUAAAAGAAGUCCAUGAGGGGAUCUGCGCUACACAUGCUAAUGGGCAUACAAUGGCGAAACAAAUUCAAAGGGCUGGAUACUUCUGGUUGACCAUGGAGAGAGAUUGUGUAGACUAUGUGAGAAAAUGCCAUAAGUGUCAAAUAUAUGGCGACAAGAUAAAUGCGCCUCCGGCACCUCUGUUCAAUGUGAUCUCGCCUUGGCCUUUUGAUAUGUGGGGUUUGGAUGUCAUAGGGCCAAUCAACCCCAAAGCAAGCAAUGGGCAUAGAUUCAUUUUGGUGGCCAUUGACUACUUCACCAAAUGGGUAGAAGCCAGCUCUUAUGCCCAUGUAACACAGAAAGCAGUCAAGAGAUUUAUUGAAAAGGAUUUGGUCUGUCGUUAUGGUCUGCCGGCAAGAUUGGUAACCGACAACGCCCAGAACUUUAAUGGGAAGCUGAUUGACGAAUUGUGCACCAAAUGGAAGAUUAAGCACCUCAACUCUUCCCCUUAUAGACCAAAGAUGAAUGGGGCAGUCGAAGCAGCUAACAAGAAUCUCAAGAAGAUUAUCCAGAAAAUGGUGAUCACCUACAAAGAUUGGCAUGAGAUGCUCCCAUAUGCACUUCAUGCGUACCGUACCACUGUUAGAACUUCGACAAAUGCCACCCCAUACUCUUUAGUGUAUGGAAUGGAGGCGGUUGUGCCCUUGGAAAUAGAAAUCCCAUCACUACGGAUCCUGAAGGAUGCAGGACUGGACGAAUCAGAAUGGGCAAGGUCAAGAUUUGAGCAGCUAAACUUGAUCGAUGAGAGAAGACUAGCAGCUAUUUGCCAUCACCAGUUAUACCAAAGCAGAAUAGCCAAAGCUUACAACAAGAAGGUCAAACCAAGGGUGUUCGAGGAAGGAGAUCUGGUGUUAAGGAAGAUCUCACUAGCGUCAGGAGAAGAUCAAAGUAAGUGGGCACCAAACUACGAAGGGCCAUAUGUGGUGAAAAAGGCCUUUUCUGGAGGGGCUUUAAUUCUGACCAAUAUGGAUGGAAGGGAUCUACCAAGGCCUGUAAACUCAGAUGUUGUAAAGAAGUACUAUGCCUGAUGUACUUACCUAUAUCAAUCAAUAAAAUUGAAGUUUGGCCAAGAUUUCUUUAGUGUAUUCCCCCCUAAAAAAUUUUAUGCAUGAUCUCGUGUUUCAAUAAAGAUUUUUGGGAAUUCAAAGUGUUAGUACAAAACUAGAGUCAAAUUGAUGUUUGUUCAAACAAAUAAGUUCUGAGAAUUCAGAUG